GCGAACCUCUUUUUUUCGUCGUCGGAGCGGUGAACAGCUCCGCGUGAAAGAGAACAUAAUUUUGAAGGUGUAUAUGUGACAAGCGGGGGUGGUGUAGUCUUCUGUGCUGUGGGAUUGAGUGGACACUGGCGAUGGCUUCCGUAGCGUCGGUGGUUGGUACUUGCCUUCCCGUGCGGACGGGAAGCGGGGUAUGUGCAAAUUGUGGACGGGGCGACUUGCAGCAGCGUCGAGCACAGCCGGGCAGUGUUGCACAGCCAGCAGUUGCUGGGCCUUCUCUCCGAGGCCGUUGUUUUCCGGAGACGGGAACAGCGCAAUUGCGGUUGGUUCUCGGCAGACGCUGUGGUGGAUGUACGGUGGAGAGGAGGAGGGGGUCACUUGUUGUUCGUAAUGGAUUGUUCGGCGGCGGAAAGAAGGAAGACGAAGGCGGUCAGGAGGGGGGGGGAAGCAAGAAGGGCGGCAUGUUUGGGAACAUGUCAGGCUUGAUGGAUACUGUGAGGAAGGCUCAGCAGAUUGUACAGGUGGAGGCUGUCAAGGUUCAGCAGGAGCUUGCCGCCGCCGAGUUUGACGGCUACUGUGAAGGGGAGUUGGUAAAGGCGGUGUUGACGGGGAACCAGGAGCCCUGUCGGGUGGAGAUCACGGACGAGGCCAUGGACCUAGAGCCAGAGGAGCUCUCCCGGCUGGUGACAGAAGCGUACAAAGAUGCCCAUCAGAAGAGUGUGCAGGCAAUGAAGGACAGGAUGAAGGAUCUGGCCCUCAGUCUUGGCAUGCCCCCAGGUCUCACUGGUGGAGGAAACCCCCCCAUCUAACUGGUGAUGACAAGGCGCCAAGACUCGCCGCUAAUGGUUCGUUGGAGCCUUGUUUUGUUUUUGUUUUCACAGUGUCAUAGGAGCCGUGCCGUGGUAGUCUAUUAUUAUUCUUAGCAGCUGUAGUGUGUCUUCUGGCCAGUCGUAACGGGAAUAGCGUUUUUUUUUUUUGUUUUUGUUUUUUUUUGUGUGGAAGAAACACCCCUUCAAUAGCUUUGAGAAUGUGGGAAUUCAAGAGUGGAGCGUUACGUAUAUAUUGUCGAUCUGCCACACUCUCUCUCUCUCUCUCUCUCUCUCUCUCUCUCUCUCUCUCCUCUCCUCUCUCUCCCUCUCUCCUGUCUCUCUCUCUCUCUCUCUCUCUCUCUCUCUCUCUCUCUCUCUCUCUCUCUCUCUCUCUCUCUCUCUCUCUCUCUCUGUGGAUUUCUUUUAGGUUCAAUUAUUAGCCAAUCAAUCAGCCAGUCAAUC